AUGAAUGAAGAUGAGGCACCACUGAAUGAAGAGAAGGCACUGGAUGAAAAUGAGAGAGCAAUGACUGAAGAGGAGGCAACACUGAAUGAAGAGGAGGAAAAUGAGACACCAAUUACUGAAGAUGAGGCAGCACUGAAUCAAGAGCCACUGAAUCCAGAUGAGGCACCACUGAAUGAAGAGGAGGCACUGGAUGAAAAUGAGAGACCAAUGACUGAAGAGGAGGCAACACUGAAUCAAGAGGAGGAAAAUGAGACACCAAUUACUGAAGAUGAGGCAGCACUGAAUCAAGAGCCACUGAAUCAAGAGGAGGCACCGAUGAAUGAAGAAGAGGCAACACUGAAUGAAGAGGAGGCAUCACUGAAUGAAGAUGAGCCAUUUAAUAAAGAAGAUGCACCAAUAUUUGAAGAUGAUUCUUCAGAUGAAGAUUAUGUUCAAUCUGACAAUGAAGAUGGUGAUGAUGAUAUACCCUCUGAUGCCCCAAGUGAAGAGUUUGCUGACAUUGAAGGCUCCUCUGAAGAUGAUAUCUUUUUGGACAGAAAUUCAAGUAAGAAAGAUCUAGCUAGAAAACUGAGGCAAAUGCUGAACAAGGAAAAGAGGUCAGUCCAGAGGUAUAAAAAAUGCAGAGUCAAUCCAUCUCAACAGACCACUGAUUGGUAUAGUGAUGUUGAUGAUGAAGAUGCUAUUGAAAAUCUGAAUUUCUUAGACAGUGAGAGGAGAAGAGUUCCUAGUUUCAGUGAAGGGGAAACAAUGAAAAACAGAAAUCUUGAAGUUGGUAUGAAGUUUCCAAAUGUAGACAUUUAUAGGCAAGCACUUAUAGAUUGGGUUGUUAGAAAUGGAUAUGAACUGGAGUACUUAAAGAAUGAAAGGACAAGAGUGACUGCAACAUGCAAGGAAGAGGCUUGCAAAUGGAGGAUCCAUGCCUCUGUUGUUCAAGGAAGUCAAAUGUUUCAG